AUGGUCUUAGAGAAUAACCCUAAAAGUCUCGAGGAGUAUUUGAAACAAAGAGAAAUCGGUAAUUCCAAUCCGAUAGGACUAUUUGCAUUCGGAACUACACAGCUCAUAUAUUCUUUGUAUCUUAUUCAAAUAGCAAAUAUUACUAAUCAUCAAGUUGGGCUUGGUUCCGCUUUAUUUUAUGGUGGUAUUAUUCAAGUACUUUCUGGAAUAUGUGGAUUAUUUUCUGGCAAAACUCUCAGUGCUACUAUUUUUUGUUCGUAUGGUGGUUUCUGGAUCUCUUUUGGAUUUAUUUAUCUGCCAAGCUCUGGGAUCAUUGAUUCAUUUAAAAAUGAUCAAGCGAUGCUUAGAAAUGCCAUUGGAAUAUAUCUUACCGUAUGGACUAUCUUUACAUUGUUAAUGUUAAUCGCCUCCGCAAGAACUACGAUUUUAGAAAUUUCAACACUAUCGUUUGUAUUGAUUGUCUUUAUUUUUCUUGAUCUCGCUAAUUUUACUGGUUUAAAUGUUUUUUCUCGCAUCGCUGGAUACUUUGGAG